AUGCCUUUCGGAUGGGGAGAAUCUGAGCAAUCCUACCAACAAUUCAACGAUGAUGGCUACGAGAAGCACGAGUCUAGCUUCGGUCAUGAGGCACUAGCUGGCGCCGCAUCUUUCGGUGCAUUCAAGGUCUUCGAAGACAGACAAAGAAAGGAGGGCAAGCCAGUCUCCCAUCAAUUCGCCAAAGAGCUCCUCGCAGGUAUCGCUGGUGCGGAAGUCGACAAGCUCGCCGAGACCAAGGGGUUGGAUUACGUUGAUAGAGAAAAGGCCAAGCGACAUGCUAGAGACAAUGUUGAGAAUAUGUAUGAUGAGCAUUAUGUCCGUGGACAGGGUGCUGAUCAGUAUGAUCCAAACCAGUACGAUAGACCACAGAACCUUGAAAGAUGGUAG